CCGCGCACGCUGAGCCCGUUCCGCCCGCCGCCGCUGGACCCGGUCGUGCUGCACGGCUACAAGGACAGCACGCCGCCCGAGUCGCGGCUGCUGACGCCGGCGGUGGCCGAGGAGAUCCGCACCAUGGUGCCGGAGCGGCUGCGCAUCUCGGAGGACUGGCGGCUGGUCUACAGCCUCGCGCAGAACGGGACGAGCCUCGCGACGCUGUAUCAGCAGUGCCGGCCGUACGAGGGCAUGAGGGUUGGCUUUGUGCUGGUUGUCAAGGACCAGGAGGGAGGGACAUUUGGCGCCUACCUCUCGGAAUACCCUCACCCGGCCCCGUCCUACUUUGGCAACGGCGAGUGCUUCCUGUGGCGGGCCUCGACCCUGACGUCUCUCCCGCCGCCGCCCUCGGCCGACACGACGCACCUGACGCGCAGCACGACGCUUGCUCCCCCUCCACAGUCGGGCACCUCGACGCCCCGGUCGGUGGACACGACGCCCGGGAUCCGCUUCAAGGCGUUCCCCUACAGCGGCCUCAACGACUUCUACAUCAACUGCGAGACGGGCUUCCUCAGCGUGGGGUCCGGCGGCGGCCACUACGGCCUGUGGCUGGACGACUCGCUCGACGUCGGCCACAGCUCGACCUGCGAGACGUUUGGCAACGAGCCGCUGAGCGACGCAGGGCCCAAGUUCAGCGUCAUUGGCGUCGAGCUGUGGGUGAUUGGCGCCAAGUGA